AAUACGCACAUAAGUUAAACUCCAUUUGUUAAAAUCACAAAUCAUAUUUUGCAAUAAAAAUGCUGAGUUGCAAGGCAAAGCCUGUACUCACGUCCUUUCAAAUUCACAAAAAAAGCAAAUCACAAUAUCCUGUUAUAGUUUCUGCCCAGCGCUACGAUGGCAUGCUAUCGCGUGCCAAUCAGUCUGAAAAGCUGGCCAUGCAGGAGGCUGCGGAAGAGGAGAAAAGAUACCAGCAGUACCUCAAGGAUGGAAAUGCAGCGCUGGUGAAGCUCUUCACUGGCGUUCUCAAUGCCAAGCAAGACGAAAAGGAGCUGCUUCAUAAGAAGGAGAACGAUGAAUUGAAGGAAAUAGAAGUAGAUCUAGAGACCAGGCGCAUUAAUGAUCGAAUGCGCAAGGAGCGUAUCAAGCGCGCCACUGAAAUUCUUGAAAAUAUGAAGCAGGGACCGCUUGCCCUCCAUCGGGCCCUGCUUGAGAGCGAGAUGUUGCAUCAACGCAAAUAUAACGAACAGCUCAAUCGGGAGUUUGCUCAGGCAGCCGAUCGCCAGCAGCGCCUGGAGAUGGAACAGUGUCCAGAGACGCUCAUACCAUUCACGAGUAUGACCGAAGAGGAGCUGAAGGCCAAAGAGAAAGAAAAGGCCCUGGCCCUGCGCGACGCCAUACUGCAGGAUGUUGAGACAAAGCGACAGCUUCUGCUCGAGCAGAAGGAUAAGGAACUCUUUGAGGGCAUCGUGGAGCGGGAGCAGUGCAAGUGCCGCCUCGAAGAAGAGGAACUCGCCGCACGAAAGCUUAAGGAACGCAAGCGGGAGCAGUGCCGUCGUGCCUACCACGAUUCGCUCAAGGAGAAGGCCGCACUAGCCGAACGUGACCGUGUGUGCGACGCCAUCGACGAUCGCCGGAACUGUGUCGUCCAAGUGGCGCAUCGUAAUCUCGAUUCCCGGUAUAACAAGCAUGUCCGCCAUAUACGAUAUACUAAUUUCAAUGAGCGGGAGGCACGUGCCAUGCGAGUUCAUGAGAUGCAACAAGAGGGUAAGCGGAAGGCUGAGGAGCUGGAGGCACAGUUACUGGAACGUCACGAGGCAGAGGUGCACAUUGACGAUGAGCGACGUCAGUGCCAGCUGGAGGAGCUGGCCAAGCAGCGCAGGGCUUACCAGAAGGAGGAGCAGGAGCGGGCCGAGAAGAAACGCGAGCGCGAGAUGGAGUUGCGACGUUUCGAGAUGGCGCAGCGUCUGAAGAACGCUGAGGCGAACAAACUGUUUGAGGCAUCGACGCGGCGCAAGCGAAAUAAAGAGAUGGCUGACCUGAGGAAAGUACUCUACGGACAACGUGCAGAGUUCUUAGAGCGCAAACGAGAUGAAUUAAUGCGCAUCAGUUCCUGCGAAGUGGACCCACAUCUGGCCAACGACAAAUAUUUCUUCCAACAGGCGGCAGAUAUGAUGAAGCAAUCGAAAGAGGUGGGUCGACCGCUGCAUCCCAUAGCCAGGGCUGUUGAGAAGUACAAGCGCGAUAAUAACAUCUCCCUGGAGCCGCCACGUACUCGUAUUCAGCGCAGCCAGCUGCGUGAUUUCUGCUGGCCCGGCUACUAUGCCCAGGCAGAGCGCAAGUGGAAGGAGUACGAGCGUCGCGACAAGUGUCGAAAGGAGCAGGAGGCCGACCGCAACGAUAUCUUACGCAACUGCAUGAGGAUCACCAAAAUGGCGGCAGAGGAACGCGUCAAGCCCGGUGUAUGCAAAGUGGAGAUCCCAAUCGCGUGCAUGCGGCAGACCGGCAUGCCCGUUAUCGAGAGCACCGACUCCUUCGAGUGCUCCAAAUAUGUUUGCGUGGAGAAUGAGCCGCCUAUGGGCCCUUGUUCAGAAAUGAAAACGAAGUAGUCCCAAGAUUGAACGGACAACCAACUACCAUUCACCUAUACUCGCUGUUCUGAUCAAAUUUUUGUUAAAUACGCUUAUUAUAUAAAUACUUGUAUGUACCAUGAUGCAUCUACUCCAUA